AUGACAUUGCCAUGGAAACAGCUUCUACUCUUAUCGAUCAUCAAGUGUUUGGCAGAUAGUCUGGACAGCGGAUUGUACCAUGGUCCAAGGUGGAGGAUGGAGCCUGGUGAUCUGUUUAUCCCAGUAGACACCAUAGAGGAAGAGGCUACUCUGACUUGUGACGCCAAGAGUACCCCGCCUCCUCAGUACAGAUGGUCGCUGAAUGGGACUUUCAUAAAUCUAAGCCUGGAUCGAAGGCGGCGUCUGUCAGGGGGCAACCUCAUUAUAAGCAGCCUGGACCGCUACCAUGAUGUAGGCGUCUACCAGUGUAUGGCCUACAACACUGCAGGAGCAAUUCUCAGCAGGAAAGCACAUCUCAAGUUUGCCUACUUGGAUCAUUUUAAAGUCCACAUUCGAAGCGCUGUGUCGGUCCGAGAGGGACAAGGAGUGGUGUUGCUUUGUGGAACGCCCACUUCCUCUGGAGAUCUUACAUACGCAUGGGUCUUUAACGAGUAUCCAUACUUUGUCCAGCAAGACAAUCGCCGCUUCGUCUCUCAGCAGACAGGAAACCUUUACAUCGCCAAGGUGGAGCCAUCCGACGUAGGCAACUACACUUGUGUAGUGAUGAACAGCGUCACAAAGGGCAAAGUGCAUAGCUCGCCUACAUCUCUCAUUCUCAGGACAGAUGGAGUGAUGGGCGAAUAUGAGCCAAAAAUAGAAGUUAAUUUCCCAGACAAUGUUCCCGCAGCAAAAGGAUCAACAGUUACGCUGGAGUGUUUCGCUCUCGGGAAUCCAGUACCAGAGAUCACCUGGAAGAGGGCCAAUGGAGUUCCAUUCCCCAGCAAAGUCAAAAUGAAGUAUGCCAAUGCAGUGCUGGAGAUCCCCAGCUUCCAGCAGGAGGAUACAGGAGGAUAUGAGUGUGUGGUUGAGAAUAAAAUGGGCAAAAAUACAGCCACAGGUCGCCUGGCUUUCUAUGCCAAGCCUCAGUGGAUUCAGACCAUGAAGGAUACAGCACUGGCCAUAGAGGAGAAUUUGGACUGGGAGUGUCGGGCCAGCGGCAAACCCAAACCUAUUCACACCUGGUUGAAGAAUGGCCAGCAGCUGCUCUCUCGGGACAGGAUCCUUGUGAAGGACGGUGCCCUGUCUGUGUCUGCGCUAACACUUUCAGACGCCGGAAUGUACCAGUGUGUGGCCGAGAAUGAGCACAGCAUUAUAUAUUUUGCUGCUGAACUAAUGGUUUUAGCCUCUCCUCCAGACUUCACAGGGACUGUCCUCAGAUCUUUGCUAAAGGCCAAGGCAGGAACUUCAGUGACACUCGAGUGUAAACCCCAAGCAUAUCCCUUGGCCAGCAUUUUAUGGAAGAAAGGGAACCUUCCUAUUCUCACCAACAACAGGAUCACCCUUUCACCAGAUGGAACACUGAGGCUUGCCAAUGUGAGCAAGUCUGAUGCAGGGAGUUACACGUGCUUCGCUAGGAACAGAUUUGGCAUGUCGAGUACAACUGGAAGGCUCCUGAUUACAGAUCCAACCAGAUUCACACAGGGCCCAGUAGACAUGGAAAUCAUUGUAGGCGAGAGCAUCGUGUUACCCUGUCAGGUGACCAGCGAUCCGGUCCUCGACGUUUCCUUUUCAUGGGCCUUUAACGGACAGCUCAUUGCCAGCAAUGAUGGUCACUUUGAGCUGGUGGGCGGGAGAACUUCAGGAGAUCUGAUGAUCAGGAAUAUUCAGUUAAACCACACAGGCAAAUACAUCUGUGUGGUGGACACGGAUGUGGAAAGCCUCUCAGCCGUGGCCGUAGUGAUUGUGAAAGGCCCGCCCAGUCCACCGGAAACUGUGAGAGUGGUGGAGGUGACAGACAGCACGGCCCAGCUGGUGUGGAGCCCCGGACGGGAAAAUGGGAGCCCCCUGCUCAGUUAUAUCAUUCAGACCAGGACGCUGUUCACUGUGGGCUGGCAAAGGGUUAACACUGUUCCAGAGACAAUUGCCGGGAGCACGCUGACAGCCACUGUGGUGGACCUUAAUGCCUGGGUAGAGUAUGAGUUCCGGGUAUUGGCAAGAAACAGUGUGGGAGUUGGCGAACCCAGCCCUGUGUCAGUCAAGACAAGGACAGAGGAUGCAGUCCCUGAUGCAGCGCCAGGUGAUGUUGGCGGAGGAGGCGGAAGCAGGUCAGAGCUGGUAAUCACAUGGGAGCCUGUCCCUGAAGAACUACAGAAUGGCGAAAGCUUUGGUUACAUCAUUGCUUUCCGCGCCUUUGGAGAAGUCAGCUGGACCCACGUGGCCACUUCUGCCCCUGGCGCUUCCCGCUAUGUGUACCGCAAUGAAAGCAUUGCGCCCUUCUCCCCCUUCCAUGUCAAGGUUGGCACAUAUAACAGCAAAGGGCAGGGUCCCUUCAGCCCAGUGGUCACCAUCUACUCUGCCGAGAUAGAGCCAAGUGGGAUGCCAGUGGGAGUUUGGGUCAGAAGUGUCUCAGCUUAUGAGAUCGAGGUGAACUGGCAGGCUCUCUCCUUCACCCCUGAAAGGGUUCUCGGCUAUGAGGUAGUGUACUGGGAAGACGACACAAAGCCAGAGACUAUGGGAAAGGUUCGGGUCCCGUGGAACCAUACCUCGGUUACAGUUAGCGGCUUGGCAGGGCACACGCAGUAUUUCCUGACUGUCAGCGCAUUCAACACAGCGGGCACCGGCCCCUUCCUUCCUGCAAUCAACGUUACCACAAAAAAACCUCCACCGUCCCAACCACCAAUGGAUGUUGAAUGGACUCUAAUUGGUUCCCAACUGUCUCUUUACUGGGAGCCUGUGGUGGCACUGGAGUCUGAAUCAGAAGUUACAGGUUACCAAUUGUCAUAUAGGAGAAGUCAACACAAAGAUGUAAACACGCUCACGACAACCAAUUCAACAGCUGAGCUGACUCUCCCUGAGGUCGACGAUGAAUAUAUCAUUCACAUUCAGUCCCAGAGUGAAGGAGGUCUCGGCCCUGCUUCGGAUGCCAUUCGAGUCCAUCAGCUUAGUAUGAGUGCUCGCGGCUCGAGAGCCUUGAAUGCAGACGCAUCGCUGCCCUGCCUGUUCCUCGCCAUUGCAAUAUCAACAUUCAGGUCAACACUGUGA